AUGGACGGAGCAGUAAACGAAGAAUCGUCUAUUGUCGAGGUAAACAUUUUCACAAGUUGGAACUUUAUUUAACUUUGUUUCACAGGUUUAUUUUAUUUUGAUAUAUAUAUAUGUUUGCAAAAAUUACAUUUAAGUUUUCUAAUGUGUUUCGAAGCUACAAAAAACCAUGAUCAUAAGGUUCAAUAAGUUUGAAAACCUAUUUCAGGAGGAUAACAGCUUUUUGGAGGCAUUUAAGGUUUUAGCUCAAUUAAAAGCUAAAGAUUUUGAAGAGAGAUUUGGAAAAUAUAUCCAUAUCACUCCAGAAGCGGUUGAACGUGUGGUACAAACAGCAGUUUGGACAUUGGAGAACAGGUGGAAGUUGGAUAUAGAAAGGUUUAAAACGUAGGUUUAUUUUCGUUAUGAUUUUAAUGUUUUAGACAUGCAAAACGAACGAAAAUAAACUGUGAGGAUGCCAAGUUGAUUUUUCGUCGUGAUCCAAAAGUUGUAAGUUUUGAUGUUUGAUAUUAUUAUAGGAAAAUGAUCAGGAACAUUUAUAAAAUUUAUCGUCGAGUCUUAUAUUAACGCUAUAACGUAUUGCUUAUUUCAUUAUUAUUAUUUUUACGCGAUGUAAAACACUUAAAUUUUUACAGGAAAAACGUGUAGAUGGUUUGUUUCGAUCUCUGGCAAAACAUGGUGUGGCGGAGUUGCCUAAAUUGAAUAUACCUCCAAGAUCAGGUAUUGAAACACCAAAUCUUGCUUCAAAGAUUAGACAGUAUAAGGUGGAGAAUCUGGAAAACGACGAUUCUAUGAAGGAUGUGCCAUUGAACUUAAGAGUGACUACAGUAAAGAUGGUAGAUCUUGAGUUUGACAAACUUAGACGGGAUAUCUUGUUGAAGGCGGGAGAAGAGGAAAAAGCUAAUAAUCUGCCUGUUAUCAGGAAAUUAGGUAAUUUUUUAGAUUUUUAUGUAUAAUUUAGGGUUUUCGGUUUAUCUUUUUAAAUUGUAGGUUAUGUUUUAUUCUAUUUUAUUGUUAUGCUGUUGAUUUUUUAUUUUAUAAGUGCUUUUUAAUACUUUAUAUAUAUUUUUUAGCCAUUGGUACACCCGAACUAGAAAGAAUUAGAAAAAUGACUGAGCUUUCGUCUGAUUUUGAGGCUACAAAGACAGGUAUGCUCAUAACUGCACUAUUUUUACUGACUAUUCUGUUUUAGAUUCAUUUGAAGUCUUUGUUCGAAAUGGAGUUUUAAAAAAUAAAAAAGAAAUGGAGAAACGUGAACGAAUGCGUAAAGAGCUAGAAGCCAAGAAGGCAGAUGACUGUGAUGUAGAUAGUUUGGAUGGAGAUUUGAAUAUUGGCAUUCAAAACAGUUUGGACGCUCCUUUGAUCAUUGAAGAACUUGUCAGACAGCCUGAUUUUGUAAUCGAGAAGUCUGAAGCUGUUACUGAAAUAACUGAAGUUGAAGUUGAGAGGUCUGUAGUUGCAACUGAAAGGCCGAAGGCUGUGGUUGAGAGGACUGAAGCCGUAGUUGAAAAACCUGGAGUUGUGAUUGAGAGGGCUGAAGCUAUAAUCGAAAGCCCAGCAGUUGUGGUUAAGAGGCCCGUUGCUGUGGUAGAAAGAACUAAAGUUGUAAUCCAAAGGCCUGAAGGCUUAAUCCAAGCACCUGAAAAUGUAAUUGGGAAGCCUGAAGUUGUAAUUCAGAAGGAUGAAGUUGCAAUCGAGAGGUCUGAUGUUUUAAAAGAGCUGGUGAUGAGUCCUAAUCAGCAGCCGGUUGUCAUUACGAUAAACAAAUCAGGCAAUUUGGAAGGUAUAUUAUAUAAUACAAUAAUUUAUGUUAUAAUCUGAACACUGUUAGGCUAAGUAUAAUAGUUUUGGUUUGCAUUAUCUACUUCUUGUCUUGUUUUUUGUGUUUGGACUUACAAUGACAUUAAGACAGUAAAAAGGGAAAACUUGAGCUUAUAUUUAUAUCUUCAGAAGCCAACAACGUAGAAAACUGUGAUGUAGAUAGUUUGGAUGGAGAUUUGGAUUUUGGAAUUCCAAAUAGCUUGGACGCCCCUUUGUUCUUCGAGGAACCUGUUGCGCAGCCUGAAGCUGUAGUCAAGAGGCCUGAAAUUGCAAUCGAAAGACCAGAAGUCGUAAUUCAGAAGUCUGAAUCUUCACUCGGGAGGCAGGCAGUUGCAAUUGAGAGGGCUGAAGUUGUAAUCGAGAGGUCUGAAGCUGUUGUCGACAGGCAUAAUGUUGUAACCGAAAGGAAUAAAGGUGUAGGAAAGCCUGUAAGGAGUCAUAAUGGGCAACCGGUUGUCGUUGUUGUAAAUAAAUCUAAAAAUUCGACAGGUGGGUUUUUUGAAUAAUAAUUGAUCUUUAUGUUGUGGUUAAGUUGAAUAAUGUUUGGGUAAGAAAUUUAAUUUUGAAGAAUAUAGCUUAUUUUUUGCGCAUUCACUACACAACAUUUAAGCAAGAACAAUGUCCGCUGAAUCGGAGGACAUAAUCGACCAUCAACAGCACGACCGACCAGCUCAAAGGGUGGCUCCUCUUAUACGAUCUACCUCUUCUUCAACGGCAACUGCAUCUACAUCAACUGCUUCUACGACACCGUUGAAUAAUCGACAACGACCACGCAAUGGCGUAACAACACCAGCAACGCCAGUUUGGUUCAAUCCAUGUAAAAUGUCAACUCCGCUAGUCGAACAAUCGAAAAGACCUCCGCCGAUGAAGCUUCAAGCAGUCAUAGUGAAGAAACGGCGGAUUUAA